AUGUCAUUAGAAGUUUCUUUCAAGCUGGUUUCCGUAACGGACGCUAAUCUGAUCUGGAUUCUCGAGAACGUGUUGCUCGUUGCGGCGGAGAAUCUCACGAUAAAGGAUCGAGCAUCCGGUCGAAUUAUCGCACCAUCGAAUAAUUGCGUUGUCCCUGGCGACUAUGACAUUUCUUGUGAUGGCAAGACUUCACGUCAAGAAGAGUCAUUCCGCACUGAGGUCGGCCGGAGAGACGGGAGAUGCGUUAUUUCCGGCACGAUCAACCUUCUUGCGCAGUCGGAUUGGUGGACUGGCUUCGAAGCUGCCCAUAUAUUCCCCCUAGAGAAGGAGGGUCUAUGGGUUGAGUAUAACUUCGGGCGUUGGAUAACGAAUAUGGACCAUACGACAGAUGUUUCGAAGCUCAACCCUGUUCAAAACGGUUUACUGAUGACUUCGAAUCUACACAAUUGUUUUGAUCAGUAUGCGUUUUCUAUCAACCCCGAUGGCGGAUACAAGAUUAUCGCAUUUCUACCAGACACCUUUAAAAUUGAUGGAAGAGUCCUUGAACCGAUCUGCCGGGAUCCAAACGACCAAAACCAUGUCGCGGACGAGCUCCUAAGAUGGCACUUCCGGCAAAGCGUGCUCGCUAAUAUGCGAGGGGCCGGGGAGCCGAUAUUCGAGUCGGACUUUCCCCCUGGGACAGACCAAAUAGCGACGCUACGAAACGAACCAUAUGGCAAGGAGAGAUUAGAGAUGGAGGUCGAACUCAGACUCGGACCCAGAGCCAGAGAAGAAGAGUCGACAUAUUAA